CUCCUGCCGUCUCACAGCUCUCUGUUUUGACUUUCCUCAGUGUCCUGAACUGAACAGACCGACCGCUCUCUGAUCUGCUCAUCCUCUGCACACAGCAUCUCGCUCCUCACAAACCAGAACUACCAGCUUCUCUGGAUCCUCAGGCUGUCAAACUGAGGCGCGUCAAGUACUGAUGCUGAGACUCCAGUAGGAAUAUAAUCGCCAUGGCACAAUGUAAUCUGCGGUCAACACCCUCCUCCACUCAUCACGAUGUCAACCUGGGACCUUCAGCAAACCCACAUGCCAAACCCACUGACUUUGACUUCUUGACUGUCAUUGGCAAAGGGACCUUUGGGAAGGUCCUGCUCGCCAAGCUCAAAGCCGACAACAAGUUCUACGCCGUCAAAGUGCUGCAGAAGAAGAUCAUCCUGAAGAGAAAAGAGCAAAAGAACAUCAUGGCAGAGAGAAACGUGCUGCUGAAGAGUCUGAAACACCCGUUUCUGGUUGGCCUCCAUUACUCCUUUCAGACCCCUGACAAGCUCUACUUUGUCCUCGACUAUGUAAAUGGAGGAGAGCUGUUUUUCCACCUGCAGAGAGAAAGGUGUUUCACGGAGCCCAGAGCGAGGUUCUACGCAGCCGAGGUAGCCAGCGCCAUCGGCUACCUUCACUCUCUCAACAUUGUUUACAGAGAUCUGAAGCCAGAGAAUAUUCUUUUAGACUCUCAGGGUCAUGUGGUGCUGACCGAUUUCGGGCUGUGCAAAGAAGGUGUAGAGCCGGAAGGAACCACCUCGACCUUCUGUGGCACUCCAGAAUACUUGGCACCAGAGGUUCUUCGUAAGGAGCCGUAUGACCGAACAGUGGACUGGUGGUGUCUGGGGGCAGUGCUCUAUGAGAUGAUCUGCAGUCUGCCUCCGUUCUACAGCCGAGACGUUGGAGAAAUGUACGAUGGGAUCCUCCACAAGCCGCUGCCGCUGCCUCCGGGGAAGUCUGAGGCCGUCUGCUCUCUGCUGGUCGGUCUUCUCCAGAAAGACCAGCACAGACGCCUCGGGGCCAUCGCCGACUUUUUAGAAAUAAAGAACCACACGUUCUUCGCUCCAAUCAACUGGGACGACCUUUACCACAAGAGAAUCACUCCUCCUUACAACCCCAAUGUGGAAGGUCCAGCUGACACUCAGCAUAUUGAUCCGGAGUUCACCAGAGAAAUGGUUCCCGGCUCGGUCAGUCGGACCCCAGAAUUCAACGCCGGCACCAGCGCCAACAACACCUUCAACGGCUUCUCCUUUGUCGCCACUGAGGACAGUUUUCUGUGAGACGCAAACGUCCCGUCAAACAGAUCACAGAACCGACUGUUUUGGUGACUGCUGGUGUCGACUGAGGUGAUCGCGACUCUCUUAAGCUACGAUUUCAUCAAAAUAAGAGAUGGUCUUGUGAUGCUGCAGGAAUCCCAGGUGGAUUCUGCAGGGAUGUUCAGGAUGUUAUCUUGAGGGUGUAGCAGAAAGAGGGUGUGCCUGAAAUGGAGACUUUUAAAGUUAAAAUAUGUAAAACUUCUUGACUGGAAGUCCUGUGUUUGUUUUUUUAGAGAUGUAACAGAGAUGAUAGCAAAAAUGCACUCGGAGCAUCUUUAAGAUGUUACGGAGAGAGUCUUUAUUCCACUGUAGAACAAGUGAGGCUGGAUUUAUGCAAAAUAUGUGUGUUCUUUUAUACACAGACUUUAUUAUGUUGUGUCUGUUAAAAAGAUAAAGAAAACACAACACUGUGUUUCUGUGUACAUCCACGCCUUGUGUUGUCUGUCUCCCUGAUCCCAUCCUCACAGAGAGCAGAUCUGGAUGAACAUAUUUCUUAGAUCAACACAAACAUCAUAAGCUGUGGGUUCACCAGUGAUUUCAAUGAAAAAACAAAAGAAGAAAACAUUUAAAAGAAAGAUGAUUUUCGCAGACUUACCAACUAGAUGAGGCUGGUGAACAAGUCCAGUGCUUUCACUGCAGUGCUUUUGUUUUAUAGCACCAGUACAAGCUUUUGUCACAUCUGUAUGAUAUGUUAAAGACAAUCCAUUACUGAGAUGACUGCCGCUCUUUACCUGUUUUCACACUGGUGGGCAUUCCUGUGCAGCACCAAUCUCCCAGACACUCCUUUAUAGCUGUAGUUAUUAAGCACAUGAAGUACGUGGCAUCAGCUUUUGUCACCAUAAACAACAACAUAUUUCAUUGUGAGCUUCCAAAUAGCUUUUCUGUCUUAAAAUCUAAAGACAAAUCUCAAACCAAAGACAAAAAAGGAGGAGAAAAAUGCUAAUAAUAAUAUUAUUACCAAUAAUACUGCACUGUGAGAAACCUGGCUGGUGUGAAACAGUGGAUAAAGUCAUCACAGCAGUGGUUUGUUCGUUAAUGUAUAAAUUAAUGUGCUUAUAAUGCAAAAAAGGCUCCAUGUAGCAUUUUUUUUUUUAAAUGACAGUCGACUACACAGCAUAUUAAGGUUGUUUAUUAUGUGGAUUAUAGCUUUGUUGUCUGUUGUGGCUGAGGAAAAGUCUUUUGUUUUAGAUUUAUUUAGUCUGUAGAUAGCAUAUUUUGUUCAUUAGUUUAUGUAAGAGCUCAUGUCAUUAUGAAAAUACUGUAUUCACUGCCAGUGUUGCAGCUUUGCAAUAAGAUUCCAUCAGUGAUUAUCCAUGAAGUGCCUCACUGCCAGGAAAUGAAGUUAUGGGUAAUACAGUUUAAAGAUGUCCUUGUGUUCUCAUGUCUUUUCUCAAGUUUUGUUGGUGCACUUCAUUAGCAAACAAGCAAAAAAUGUCAUAUUUCUGAAUAUAGCAUGCAGCUAUUUACCACCUUAAAACCUGGCAUUGUUGUAAAAUACAGCUAAAGAAACACUGAUUUUCUGGAACAACUUUGAUUUCUUCCUUCAAACGGUCUGAAGUUUGAUCCUCCUCGUUCACCGUUCAAGUGUAACCCAGUGUGCCAAGCUGCUAUUCCCCCGACUGAUCCUGUAAAUAGAGAGGCUGACGUUAUGACUGUGGAGUCACACUACCAGCAGCAGCAGCGUCAUAGUGGAGUGACGCCACCCGUAGCAAAAAUCUACAUAUAUGUGUGUGUGUGUGUGUGUGUACAUAAAAACCUGUUUAUAAAUCAAACAACUGUCAAAACAUUUACAUGCUGUUCUGGAUGGACCAUUAAACUUGUGCACAAAAGAA